AUCAGACGAAGAGGAAGAUCGCUUUUUUUUUCUGGCUGGCUGGUUACUCUUUCCGUCCUACCUAUACCACUGGCAGGAGUCUUCGCCACUGAGCCGUUCAAGCGGAAAAGAAGGGUGAAGGAGGGCUCGUAACUGCCUUCAAGACUCAACGAAGUUCACACUUCUGCAGUUCUAUACCGGUGCACGGGCCCAGAAUCACUCGGGGCCCUCUUUUCUCACUCGUACUUGCUUCAUCAGAGCUGGAUGUGCCUUGCAGAAUGGGAAUUCUAACACGUAUACGACGAAGAUCAUCCUCAGCAGCACAAACCCAGCGUCCUUCCUCUGCUUCUCCUUUGGCAUCUCAUCUCGUACCUUCAGCGACAUCCGGCACUGCGACGGUUGCGCCUGAUCCACCCUCCACCGGGUCCGUGGGUUCACGAAUACCAAAGAGGCCAUGGAAAAAGAAGCAUGAUGAGGGGAGUUCUACAGGGAGCUUGAACAAGAACGGGAAGGGGAAGACGAAAGCAGAGAAUGGUGAACUGCUUGGAGGCCCGAAAUAUGGAGACUUUUCGCCAUCACUAGGGCCAGCUUCAUCUCUCUCCGUCAGUAACGUUCCAACGACUCGUGUGAAUGGACCCUCUUCUCAGUCAUCUUUGUCGCCACCCGGCAAUGGUUCUCCAGCUGGGGACAGCAACUCAGUGCCAUGCAGUAGUGAGAAGGUCGAAAAGCGGAGGCCCGAUGUCAGCGAAAUAAAGCGACCGACUAGCCGAACUUUCAAACAGGAUGGAGGGAUACUAGGAAAGCUCAAUUUCGAGGUUGCGGGAGAUAGACAGAGGAAGACGUCUAACUCGAGUUGGACGAAGGGCGUAGAAAGUAUAGUGUCCAGUGGUUCACCUUCAGAAUGGCCGAACGCUUCGAUGUCCAAUGCCAACCUCCCCUCAGAAAGCAAUCCUGUUGUCACAUCGAGUAGCAGAGCACUUACACCCGAUCUAAAUGACGACCAGAGACCAGCGCCGACACUGUCAAGAGGUAACAAGCGGGAAGAAGACCCUAUAGAGGUUCUGGAGUCUGCGGAGAAGAAACAUCGAUUCUGGAAGGGUAAAGGAAAGUCCAAUAGACAUUCGCGGGUCAUGAGCGACUCAUUUCAACUGGGCGGGUCCGAGCCUCCCACUCCAGGCAAAAUCCCUUCUUCGUCAAGUGGGCCGGACUUGGCUAGCGUCUCUAGGAAUUCUGUAGACCUCGAUCAGCCUCAUCCACAACAACUUCGCCGACCUUCAUCGUCGUUCUUCCCCAACCCUUUCUAUCGAUCUCUAUCUCGUGCGUCAGAAAGACCUUCGGCGGUCGAGGAUGGCUCUUUCCAGUUGAAAAGUUUCCGCCAUGUCUCGGGUAUGUCUGAUGUAGAGGGUGCGGGGAAACUAGAAGGGUAUCUUUCUCAUGUCAAACGGGAAUCAGUUGCUGCUCUCAGUAUCGAACUACCAGCUGCGUCGACAGCCCCGGACUCUUCACUAACCUUCGCAUCUCCUAAGCCGACCGCGGUUCCUCUGUCACGCCCUGUUAGCGUCGCUCCCUCCCUUGCUUCAAUGGAGGAUAUGAUGGUUUCUCCGAAUAGAGUCAGUGUUGCUGCAUUCAAAAAGGGACUUCGGCGUCCAAGCAAUGGUCUGAUGUCGACGAUGAGUGAUAUCGGACAUGGGACCCCGGCUACUGGCUCUGGAGACGAGGACGACGACAUCCCUCUUGGCAAGCGAAUUGUCUCGCAACCUCUGCCUAGACAGACGAGCUCUCAAUCAUUGUUCAAUAUGCGCGAUCCUGGUCUGAGCAAUUCGGAAGGUGCGACAUCUAAUCCCAUGCUCAAGCAACCGAAAAAAGAGACAAGUGAAAAGGAAGUCUCAAGCCAAGAGCCUUUGGUUUUCCAGGUGAAAGCAUAUCGCAGAACGUCAAGCGGUUUCGUGGUAAAAAGUCGAAGUCCCAUGGCAAGUAAUCAGGACCUACCUAGCAGCCCCGUAAGCUCCCUGAACUCGCUGGCUACUGGCUUUCCUGGAUCACUUCGCCCGACAGCCUUAACCAGUUCCGCAUCUACCCGGACGCCUUCACCAAAUGCGGGAGUCACCAACCUCUAUGGAGCUUCACCUCCCACUACGGACGACAAAGAGCUUAUGACAGAUGGAUAUUUUUCAGCAGGUGCUCCUUCUUCUGAUCGGGUUGUGCAAAAGGGUCAGAAACCCUCGUCUCCGGUCACUUAUCAACCCACCGAGGAACUUGCUAAAGCCGCCCUCCCCUCACCUCCUGCCACUGCACAGCAACCCUCUGUCGCGCCCAUUGCAGAGCUUUCGGCAAAUGUACAAUCUAGUAAUUCCCAUCUCAAACGACAUACACCCCCUCCUGUCCAGCAUAUCGACGUACCACGGCCUUCACACGAUAUUUCACCUACGCUAUUAGCUCUUAAUCUUCCGUUGCCUCCAGAUCAGAUGCCCGAUACCCCCCCCAAAGCGCCUUCGCCAUUAUCAGAGCUACCGCGUCGACCUACAGCCGGACCAGAAGGAAGUGCAUCUCCUGGUACCCAAAGCAAGCGGAUGUCAUUAUUGGAAGAGCCCAUAAAGUACCUAUCAGGGUUAUGGGCUACACCGUCAGCUGGCGAAGAUGGUUUUGACCCAGUGUUAGCUGUUGAUUCUUUAGGUCGGUUAAGUGGAGAUGAGCCUCAGUCGCCAACUAAAUCAAAUCGCCCAGGCAUCACCUCUUGGUAUGCCCCUCAAGACUUGCCUGAACGCCAAACGUCGGCCUCCCCGUCACCAUUUUCAUCGACAGAACGUAUCCGUUCAUCUCUUUCAGAGAGAUUGGCUGGUGUCGCGACCUCUGCUAUAAGUACAACAAAGCCUGGCCGCGGUUUACAGAAACCAGCCAUGGAGAAACUUAAGACUAGUGCUGAGGAGCAAUGUCCUGCCGAUAAUCACAAGUCACCGGUCAGCGAUUCUACUGUGGCCCCUAUUCCUCGAUCUAUUCCUCGACCUUUCUCAAGUUUCAUAAAACCAGGACCAGUUCAGCCAAACCCCGCGAUUGAUGAGAACGAAAGUGAUACCGAAGGGGGGACGAGCAUGUCCACCCAUCACUGUGAAAGAUUAAGAGCGUCCUCGCUGUCGUCUCAGCAGUCUGUUAGAAGAGUACCUGGUGGUCCCCGACAGCCCGUGCGGCAAAGUCGCAUCGUCUCAAUGCCUAUCACAAAUUCUCAUUUGGUUCACAAAUCACCUGAUCGUUGGCGUCAUGUUCAGAAGGAUGACGAUGAGGACGAGCCUUUAGCAAAGAUCAAACAUCGGUCUUCCAAGUCAUCUCUGGCCAUGGCUACCGCCGGAAAAUCUCCAUCCUAUGGACAGAUUUCCUUGCCAACCCCUCCCACCAGUGUUACAAGUACAAGUAUCGGCUCUUCGAGUCCUCAGGAGCGGCGUAAGCCCCUCAUUGAGCUGGAAUCAGCUGCACCUGCCACCCCACAGUCUAUGACGACACCACGACCACAUGAUUCCCUUUUACCUGCAUCGUCUAGAUCCUUUGACAAAUCCUCUACAACAUCUACAGGUUCUACGCCUUCGUCCGGCAAAGAAUCGCUUCCUUCCCCUGUCAGGGCUCAAGUCAGGUUUGAUAAUCCUGAGAGGAAGUGGCCUUCUGGCUUUCAAAAGAAGAGGACGAGUCCAGAGAUAUCGAAAGAUAAUGUGAAUGACAAUGCAGUAGAAGUGUAUGGAGAGAGACAAAGGCGUCAAGCCGAAAAAUAUAGUGGUGAUAGUCGGCAGCGAAGACGCUCAGAGGGGGCGUUACAACAUCCAUCGCCUUAUGACCCUCCUGUUCAGGCGCAGAUGGGCAUGCAGGAGGUGCCAGAUCCACAAGAUAUGUCCCCAGAAGCAUUUUUCGCUUGGCAAAAGCAUCAAUGGCAGAUGCAAUACCUUGCGGCCGCUUAUCGUGCAUCUGAAGAAGAGUGGGAAAAGCAAAGUUCAGUAUCAACGUCGAUUCACAAUCAGCCUUCUAACCAAUUCAUCCCUUUCCCCAUGCAGCCCAUGUCCAUGUUCCCAUCCAAUGCGAAUAUGAUGGAUAUGGGUAUGGGUAUGCCAAUGGGAUAUGGCUAUUCAGCAUAUCCGCAAUUACAAGGACACAUGUUUAACUCUUACCUCAACAUGCCUCAGAUGCAAGGCCAAGCCGAUGGAGAAGGGGGCUGUAGUUACGGAAUGGGAGCUCAAUCAGUAUUUGGUGGAGAAUUUAGGCCACUCGCCGCCAAACCGUCUCAACAGCAACAGUAUAAUCCUAAUCCCCAAAGACGAGCAUCAAGUGAUCAACAGGGUGCCCAAUAUGGUAAUCCUCCACAACCCCAUCGUCAUCAGGACGACCCUCGUCUGGCGGAGGGCCGGAGUGCAUCAGCUUUGGGCAUGUACGAUAAUGCAACUUCUCCCCCGACAAUGUCCAAAAGACCAUCGGGCGUGUUUAGAGGACUGUUAGGAGAGCGGGAAAAGGUGGAAUUGCAGCAAGAGAUGGAACGACAAGCGCAGGAGAAGCUAGAGAAGCAAAAACAGUGGGCAAAGGAGAGGGCGAGAGGGAAGACGACUGAAAGUAGCAGCCCACCGCCCCCGUCAAGUUGGAGUAGAAUGACUGGUGAUUGGUCUGAAGGUGGCGCUCCGAGGAGACAAAAUAGAAGCAGAUCGAAUAUAGCGAACUAAAAUACGGGCAGUAAAAAAUUUCACGCUUUCUACGAUCAACGCACAAUACGUAUUACUUUUCGAUGCCCAUUUGUAGGACUAUUGUAUAUAAUAACAGUAUCAUAAUCUCAUGUUUCUCUUUCCAAAAGUUGAUACGAGUGGUCACGCUAUCAUAAGGACCGUAGCAUAACGACAUAGCAUAGGUCGAGUUGGAUCUUCAUUUCAUGCAAAUUAAUAU